GUUGAAUGUAAGAGGCAAAAGAGGGAAUGUGAAUACUAAGUUAUGUUUUUAGUAUAUUUUAAGGAUUUUUAAAGAACUAAUGAGAGAAAAAGAAGAGAAGGAYGCCCAAAGGAUAAAGCUUUACGUAUGUUAGAGAUUGACAUUUAUUCCAAAUGCCUAAGCGAAGUAAAAAGCAAGGCCAGAAACAAGAUGACCACGAUGGAAGGCCUCCAAAUCUCACUCUAGCUAGCUUUAUGCAGUUUCCAGAUCUCCCUGCCUCAUCAAGUUUAUCUGUAGAGAAGAAAAACGACGAAGCAGUUGAAGAGGAAAAGAAGGAGACUCAAACUUCAGAAUGUUUAAGACAAGAGAAUGUGUUUCCUUCAGAUAAUCUUGUUUCUUCAACACAACCAGGAUGUGAGGCAGUGCAAAAUUUGAACCCGAUUUAUCACAUAGGAAAAACGAAGAAAGGGAAACUUCCUCUGACGUGUGAGAGCAGAGCUAAAGGUAAAAAAGUGACAGUUAUCAGUAAUGUUACUGGAGACGCUAAGGCUCUUUUGAGCGAGUUAAAAAGGCGAGCAGGAUGUGGUGGAGUCGUGAGAGACGAAGGGACCGUGGAACUACAAGGUGAUCGGAUAAAGUUUCUUACACAGUUUCUUACAGGUCAUCCAUGUUUGAAGCCUUACAAAGGCUAAGACUGGAAUCAUGCAUGGUAUUUUAUAAAUUUCCAUAUGAGUAAUAUUCAUUGGUUCAUCUUGAAUUUGUUCGGGAGAGGAGAUGGAUGUCGGGCUUUAUUUAAGCAGUUACUUUUUAGUCCUCCACAAAGCUAAAAAUCAAAAAUCUAUAUCCCCUCUCCCUUAAUGAAUAUAGAAAAAAUUAGCUUGUAAUCCAGGGCCACCUAAAAAGGUCUUCCAAGACUACUGUUCUCAACCAUCUGUCCCCUUCAAUAAAUAUAAGAAUAUACUGAAGAGAAGCACCCAAAGGGAAAGAGGAGGGGAGGGGAGGAGAGGGGACGUGAGGGGAGGGGAGGAGAGGGGGCAAUUAAAUUCCAAGACUGGUUCAAUUGCCAAGAAAUUGUAGAAUAACUCCUCCCAAGAUAACAGCCUCGUUAUCAGGCUAGACACAUACAUUUCUUUGCAUAAAUUCCACAAAGAUCCUUUGUUUCAAAAA